CAUUGCUAUAAAUAUGGAGGUUAAACGCAACAAGUGAUAAUUCUGAUGUGCAAAAUACUUUCGUGUUUAAUCAAACCAAAUAAGAUGAUGAAAUUUUUAUUUGUGAUCGGUUUUCUCGUCGGUGCAAGUGUACAAGACAAUAUCAACGCUACUGAUGGCAGUCAAUAUCUUUACAAGGCCAUUGAAUCAGGCAGAGUAGAUGUAGUCACAUUUCUAAUCGAUAACGGUGCAAAUGUAAAUACACUUUAUGAAACAUAUGUGAAUGAAUUUUAUGAUUCUCGAUUCACACCACUCCUAUUAGCUGUUGUUAAAGGCAACACGGAUAUAGUUAAAACUCUUAUCGAACAUGGAGCUGAUGUGAAUUAUGUGAUUCCAGUGCACAAGAAAGAAAUAAAUGCACUUCAUAUAGCAACAAUGUUCGAUAAAUUGGAAAUAUGCAAAAUCCUAAUCGCAAAUGGAAUAAACGUGAAUGUUGAAGACAACGAAAAGUUCACACCACUCCAUACUGCCGCUCUCUAUGGCUCAAAUGACACGGUUGAAUAUUUAGUUGCACACGGAGCAAAUAUAACUGCUGAGGAUGUUUAUAUGAAUACACCUUUACAUUUGGCUGCCUUGAAUGGCAAUUUGAAGACUUGUAAAAGUCUAAUUGAACAUGGAGCGGCCAUUAAUGCAAAAGACAAAGAGAAUUCUACACCUUUAUUUUACGCAGCUGGUUUUGGCACAAAGGAAUUAGCUGAAUAUCUGAUCACACAUGGAGCUAAUAUCAAUGCUAUAUGUAAAGAUAUGAUGACACCUCUUCAUAUGGCAUACUAUUAUGACAAUAAAGAAGUGCAACAGUUCUUGAUUGAUAGUGGGGCAGAUCAAAAUGCAAAAGACGAAGAAUAUAAAACACCACGUGAAAUGGAUGCUGAGAAAGGAAAAAAGGAGAAACUCAAAAUUAUUGCAUACCUGAAUGGAAGCAAGAGAAUACUCUAAAACUUAUAGAAAAUGCAAGGGGAUUAUGACAUAUGAGGAGCUUACAGGAAAAAUGUUAUUUAGAAAAGUUCCGCGGAAAAAUGUUCGGGAGCUAAAUGAUAUCAUUUAGCAAAGCUAAUUGGUACCAAAUACACAGAAAGAAAAAAUGUGGUAUUUUUAAUUCAAUUUUGGUAGAUUCAAUAUAAAAUCUACCAACAACGAAUUAAAUUUACCAUUUUUGACAUCUCUGAGGCAUAUUUUUAAAAACAGACUAUCAGUUGAAUUAGUUUUACCAAUUGCUUCAUUACAUUCACCAAAUUCAUGGACUAGCGUCAUCUGUGGUUUCGAAAGGUUGGUAAAUGUAAUGAAACAGUUGGUAAAACUUAUUCAACAAAUGGUCACUUUUGAAAAAUAUGCCUCAGAGAUGUCAAAAAUGGUAAAUUUAAUUCCUUGUUGGUUGAUUUUAUAUUAAAUCUACCAAAAUUGAAUUAAAAAUACCACAUUUUUUCUUUCUGUGUAGCUCAACUAAUGCUGUAUAUGUGAAUCGCAAGAGUCUCAUGUAAAUUAUACUAAUCAAUAAGAGUCUGUAUGUGAUUUGCGAAUCCCCUUAUGAUUUUCGAGUCAGUAAAAAGUCUCAAUGACACGAUUUAAGCGAA